UUUUGUUUACAUUUACGACAACAAAUUGCUUUUUGGCAGUCACCUUGUCAAAACAAUGGAAAAUUCACAACUUUCUUCCCACGAUAAAGACGUUUUAACGAGGAUUUUCAAUCCAAGUUUGCCUUAUGGUGAUAACGUUGAAACAGAUGUUCCACUUGAAGAAAUUCCAGAGGUAGAGACAGAUGAAGUUAAGGAAGCUAAAAGACUUGAGAUUGAAGGUGUCAAAGCAGCAGAAUCAGGAAAUAUUGACAAGGCACUUGAGUUGUUGAAUCAAGCUGUAACCAUAGCACCAGACCAUGCUUCAAGUUAUAAUAACAGAGCUCAAGCUCUAAGGUUACAUGGUGAUGUGUCAGGGGCUUUACAGGAUCUAAAUAAAGCCAUAGAGUUGAGUGGGGGACACAGGAAGGUAGCUUGCCAGGCGUAUACUCAGAGGGGAAUUAUUAAACGUCUUGAAGGUGAUGAUGAUGGCUGUAAAGAAGAUCUGAGGAAUGCUGCAAAUCUUGGUGGACAGUUCGCUAAACAGCUUCUUGUAACCAUGAAUCCGUAUGCUGCUCUGUGUAACCAGAUGCUUGGUGAAGUUAUCGGAAAAUUACGGAGUGGAGAAGGGGAUUUGCCGAUGGAAUAGAUUUCAUGAUCGUAAUAAUUGUUUAUGAUUUGGUUGAUAUUAAAUCCAACAAUGAACAAAAUAGUUCAGACUAUGAUGUGGAAAAUGAAAUAAAAUUUUAUGAACUGAUAUUUACAACAACUGUUUAAGGUUUGCUCAUUUAUUUAGAACUGAACUUAUUAUUGUGCUUAGUUUUAUUAUGAGAAUGGUCAGUAUUAAGCGUAUAAAGAGAUGAUAAAAUUUAAAACCAAAUCUUUAUAAAAGGUGCUGCUAUUAUCAACAGUUGUAUAUUGUAAGUGUACAUUGAAUCUCAAGAUUUGUUUAUUUUAUUUGUACAUGUAUUAAUUUUUUAUAUUCUUAAAAACCCUCUGUGCAUUAACACAUCGUAAUAACACUUCAAAUUAAGACAUCGGAAAGAAAAUGCAUUAAUUUUAAUGUCAAUGUGAUACUAUAAAGUCGAGUGGAUGUGGGCAGAUUAGGAUGGAAGGUAGAAAGACUGUCUUAUUUUAAGGUUUCAUUAGCUCACAGAAUUGAUUCUUCUAAGUUAAACAAUAUUAUAUAAUUUUAAUCAUUUUCAACCUAAUUAAGUCAUUAAGUCAGUUAUAUUUUAAGAUUUUAUGACACCUUCUUAGGGGAUCAAAAAUAUUUUCUAAAUCAUUUAUAUUUUGUAUGGGAAGCAACUGGCUGGCUCAUUUUCCUACUCCUUAUACUGUAUAUUUUCUCAAAUUUUACUUAUUGAUAUGAACUGACAUCUGGAAUUUUCUUUCCUGGAGAGUGUAGUGUUUAUGUAAUAUUAACUUACUUGUUUGAUUUUGUUUUAACUGGGAACAGUUACUGUUGUUUUAAUUGUCAAAAGGAAUCUCAUUUUCAAAUUACUAAUUUUAUACAUGUACAUGUAUAUUGAAGUCAUUGAUAACAUAAAACUGGGAGAUUUUCAUUUUAACAUAUAUAACCUUUGUUUUGAAAAUCUUUAUUAUUCUGUAAAUGUGACUAAUUUUGUUAUUUUUUUAAACCAGUAUGAAAUGGUGUUAUGAACACAUUGAUAAUUUAAGGUCUUGGUGCAUAAUGGUUGUAAUUCCUUUUUUAUGUUCUAUGAAAUUACAAUUUUUUCAUGCCAAGCUCUUUGUUAUAUUUGACCUGGGACACAAUAUGAUUGGACAAAUGGCCACAGACUUUAUAAGAGCGUUUAUAAAUUUUCCUGUUUAUUAUUUGUAUGCAUACUGAGAUAAUCAAAUGAACUUGGAAACUUGGCUUAAAAAUAUCGCAAAGAAAGAGGUCUUAUGCUGGUGUCAAAUUGACACCUGAUUGAUUUGAUUGAUAAUGCUAUUGUUAACUUGCCUUUAUUAAAAAAAAUUAAAUUGAACAAUUUUCAUAAUGUCGAUUUAGAUUCAUAAUGAUUGUUAGAAUUUUCUGCCAGUUUGCUUAUUUUGCUCUUAUUUAAACUGUUUACUUAGGACAAAAAAAGAUAUUUCACAAAAAUCAACAUGUUUUCAGCUGAGUGCAAUAGCUGAUUAACUGCUAUUGAAUUUAGAAGGACUUAUUUCCAUUAUUGCACUAAGGCCUGAUUGGACAAAAAUAACAAUACAGGACUGAUCUGCAGUUGCUUGUUAUAUUUUAUCGCAGGUUUGACAUGUCUUCCAUUCCAUUUGACACUUUGUGUCCUUAUUAGCUCGACUAUUCGAUAAGAAUAAGUAGAGCUAUUGCAGUCACCCGAGCGUCGGCGUCCGCGUCGGCGUCCGCGUAACCACUUAUGUUAAAGUUUUUGUAAUAGUUCAAAUAUUUUCAAAGUCCAUAGACAUAUGGCUUUGAAACUUUGCACACUUGUUCACCAUCAUGACCCCAACCUGUAGACAGGAGAAGGUAACUCUAUCAAGCAUUUUGACAGAAUUAUGCCCCUUUUUCGACUUAGAAUUUACGUUAAAGUUUUUGUAAUAGUUCAAAUAUUUUCAAAGUCCAUAGACAUAUGGCUUUGAAACUUUGCACACUUGUUCACCAUCAUGACCCCAACCUGUAGACAGGAGGAGGUAACUCUAUCAAGCAUUUUGACAGAAUUAUGCCCCUUUUUCGACUUAGAAUUUAUGUUAAAGUUUUUGUAAUAGUUCAAAUAUUUUCAAAGUCCAUUGACAUAUGGCUUUGAAACUUUGCACACUUGUUCAACAUCAUGACCCCAACCUGUAAACAGGAGGAGGUAACUCUAUCAUGCAUUUUGACAGAAUUAUGCCCCUUUUUCGUCUUAGAAUUUAUGUUAAAGUUUUUGUAAUAGUUCAAAUAUUUUCAAAGUCCAUUGACAUUUGGCUUUGAAACUUUGCACACUUGUUCACCAUCAUGACCCCCAACCUGUAAACAGGAGGAGGUAACUGUAUCAAGCAUUUUGUUUCCUAUCAAGCACUAAGAAUAGUCGAGCGUUGCUGUCCUACUGACAGCUCUUGUGAAUUACAUGUAUUUAUGUAUGUCUUUCUUUUAUUUUAGUUUUUGCUUCUUGUAAGCUACAUAUCCAUACAUCUAAGAACAUUUUUUCUCAUGCUGAAAAUUGUUUUUCUUUAUGAUCUUUAUAUUUUUGGCUACUUAGUAUAGUAAGAAGGUAGAAUUGCAAACAAAUCAACACAUAAUUUAUGAUAUUGAUCCAAUAACAUAACCAUUACAUUGUUAGUAGUAACGGAUAAUUUCAAAUGAUCCAAUAAAAUAACCAUUACUGUGUUUGUAGUAAUGGAUAGUUUUAAAUGAUCCAAUAACAUAACACUUAUAGUACUAGUGUUAGUAGUAAUGGAUAGUUUCAAAUUCAAACGGUUAAUUCGAGUAUAUAUUAUAGAAUUUUUUCAACAUUCCUAGUCAUAAGGUGAAAGAGGUUUAUUAUGUAUCAUUUAUGUUUGUUUUUUGACAUCUAAGUCUUAUUCAUGUUCAUUGUUAUGUGCUGCAUUUAGUUUGUUAUUUAGACGCAAGAAAGACUGUUUAGUAUGAAAUUGAAAUUUGAAUCAAGGGAAACAAUUUAGUGAAGAAUUGUCUCUUGAAACAAGGGACACAAUUUAAAUAAAGAAUUGCAUUUUGAAACAAGGGAGACAAUUCAAGUAAAGAAUUGCCUUUUGAAACAAGGCAGGAAGGCAGUUUAAGUACAUGUGUAAAUAACAAAGGGGAUAUCCGCGCAGUCUGAUCAGGAUCCAUGCUGUUAGCUAACAAAUCCUAUAACAAGUAGAGAAACUGAUAUCGAACAGCAUGGAUCCUGAUCAGACUGUGCGGAUGCGCAGGCUGGUCUGGAUCCAUGCUGGUCGCAAACGCAUUAUGUUGGUUUUGUCAUAACGCGGCUCAAAUGGAAUAUUGAUUUUUUGUGCAGUUCAUAGCCUGAUUUAAGCACUGCAACGCUUUUCAUUUUUUGUGUCAUUUUGUACAAUAUAAAUGAUUAUUUUGGAAAAAUAGGGUGAGAGAUUGAUUUAUUUCCGAAAAAUAGGGUGAGAGAUUGAUUUGAAAUUUUUUUACACAUGUAACUGGUUCAGACUACACAAAUCUUGGGAAAAAAUUUCCAGUCCCCUCAUGUCAAAAACCUCAGUGGAUUCUCUUUAACUCUAUUUAUUAUCCCAUCUACAAGUUUUUAAUUAAACUCUAAAAUUAAAUUUAAGCCUCCUAUGAAUAAUUAUGCACAUGAAACUGUAUAUGAGCCGCAUCAUGACAAAACCAACAUAAUGGGUUUGCGACCAGCAUGGAUCCAGACCAGCCUGCACAUCCACGCAGUCUGAUCAGGAUCCAUGCUGUUCGCUUACAAACCCUAUUACAAGUAGAGAAACUGAUAGGGAACAGCAUGGAUCCAGAUCAGACUGCGGGGAUGCACAGGCUGGUCUGGAUCCAUGCUGGUCGCAAACGCACUAUGUUGGUUUUGUCAUGACGCGGCUCAUAUAUCUAUACUUAUUAUAUACAUGUAUAUGUUUGUUACUGAGUAUGAAAAAAUAU